ACGUAGUUUAUUGAGACUAUAUAUAGUAUUGAUGAUUUGUUUGUUAGUUCUCUGUUAUCAUUUUCUUAGUUUUGAGACAUGAUGAAUAGUACUAUCAAAUUUCUAAUAUUUUUCUUCAGUGUUACAACAGCUCAACCACUAAAGGGACAAAACCAAUUGAUUUUUUCAGAUCAAAGGCUUGCUGUAGUAUACCCCAUUAUACAAAAAUUCAAGAAUAUCAUCUCUGCUGAUCCUCUAGGUAUUACAAAAACUUGGGUUGGUCCAAAUAUAUGUAAUUAUACUGGUUUUUAUUGUGAAAGUCCUCCAGAUAACAGUUCAGCAAUUGCUCUUGCUUCUAUUGAUUUCAAUGGAUUUCAACUUAGUGCGUUGACGCUUGAUGGAUUCCUUGAUCAGCUUCCUGAUAUAGCAAUUUUCCAUGCUAAUUCAAACAAUUUUGGUGGGACUUUAUCUCCAAAAAUAGCGAAUCUUUUUUAUCUCUAUGAACUUGAUAUUAGUAACAAUCAAUUUUCCGGGCCAUUUCCUAGUCCAAUUUUGGGCAUGAAUAGCCUAAACAUAUUGGAUAUAAGAUUCAAUUCUUUCACAGGAUCAAUCCCACCUCAAUUGUUCACUAAAGAUCAAUUAGACGCGCUCUUCAUCAACAACAACAAUUUCAUGCAAAUGCUUCCUGAUAACAUCGCGAUCAGUCAUGUCACGUAUCUCACUUUAGCAAACAACAGAUUUUUCGGUCCUAUCCCACAUAGUAUUUCCAAAAUCUUGUCGAGUUUGUCUGAGAUUUUGCUGCUUAACAACUUGUUGACUGGAUGUCUGCCUUACGAGAUAGGAUUCUUGAACGAAGCAGUAGUUUUCGAUGCUGGUAAUAAUAGACUCACCGGUCCACUUCCGUUCUCAUUAGGGUGUUUGGAAAAUAUAGAAAUGUUGAAUUUUGCUGGUAAUCAGAUGUAUGGGAUGGUGCCUGAUGUGAUUUGUGCCCUGGAGAAUUUAGCAAAUUUAUCGUUGUCCGAUAACUAUUUUACUGGAUUUGGGCCAAUUUGUUUGAGAUUGAUUGAAAAUGGAGUGCUUGAUUUGAGGAAUAAUUGUAUUCCUGGUUUUCCAUUUCAAAGAUCAAUAGCUGAAUGUGUUGCAUUUUUUGCUUACCCAAGGUACUGUCCUCAUAUGGCUUCAUAUACUUAUAUUCCUUGUUGGCUUUCAAAUUUCAAAACACCUUCUCUGGAUCUCCCUGAAUUGGCACCUUAGUAAGGGCAGGACAACACGGUGCACAAAGCAUUCUGUGUUCACGAUUUUUUUUGUUUUAAUUAAAUUAAGUUUGUAUUUUCCAUUGAACAGAGAGUAUUAUCUCAUAAUAACUUGGAAUCUCUAUUUAUGGAGUA